GUGCAGUUGUUGUAGUGGAAUCAGAAGGUGUUUUUGGUCAAUAUGAGCGAGGAGAGUGGCAAGAGGAGGAGAAAGGCUCAAUACGUGGGCAGUGCCAAGCGGCAUAGGGGGAGUAAGCAGCUGGAUGUGGGCAUGCAAGGUAUCCUCAUCACAUGCAACAUGAACGAGAGGAAGUGUGUAGGAGAAGCGUACAGUCUGCUCAAUGAGUAUGGGGAUCAGUUGUAUGGGCCAGAGAAGUUAUCUGAGAAGGAUGACGGAACAUCGGAAAGUGAGGAAGAUGCAGAGGAAGCUCUGAAAAAAGAAGUUAAUGAGAUUCGCUCUUCAAUAGAAAAAAACCUGCGCAGGUUCCAGUCAAUUGAGAGUGGAGCCAACAAUGUUGUUUUUAUCAGGACCCUCAAAAUAGAUCCUGAGAAGUUGGUGCAUCACAUUCUAAAAGAUAUUUACACAACCAAAAAAAAGAAGACGCGAGUCAUUCUCCGUAUGUUGCCGGUCUCUGGUACCUGUAAGGCUUUCCCUGAGGAUCUCAAGAAAUACGCAGAAACCUUCUUUGAGCCGUGGUUUAAAGCUCCAAACAAGGGAACCUUCCAAAUUGUAUACAAAGCACGUAACAACAAUCACAUGAACAGGGAUGAAGUCAUCAAAGACCUGGCCGGAAUUGUUGGAAACCAGAAUCCGGAGAACAAAGUUGACCUGAGCAAUCCGGAAUACACCAUUGUAGUGGAAAUAAUUAAGAAUGUCUGCUGUCUGAGUGUUGUGAAGGACUAUAUGCUGUUUAGAAAGUACAAUCUGCAGGAAGUGGUGAAGAGCAGUGGUGCAGAACAGCCACAAAAGGAUUCAACAAAGGAUGAGAAUCCGCCAGAGGCUAAAAACGACAACGUGCCGCAAGAUGCUUCAAAGGACGAUGAGGCGCAAGAUGAUUCCAAGGAAAUAAACGACAAGAAGCCGGAAGAUGCUAAGGAGGCUCCAGAUGUUGCAAGCACAUAA